AUGGAUGAUUCUUCAAAAUCACAACACACAAACCCUAGUUCCAGCUACCCACCUGGUUUUGCUAAUGGUUCCACCAAAUCACCCUCUCCUUCCAUCGGAAACAACCCACUUCCACCACCAACGUCACCACAAGGUGGUGGUGGUGGUGCCACUGCCACCACUUCAAGCAGCAAACGAAAGAAACCCUCCACCGAUCAUGACGAACAUGAAGAAUUACAAGAUGAUGCCGAUAGUACUACACGAAUGAAAUGCCAUCAAACCAACUCAUCAACCGCCGGAGAUGAAGUUGCCGCCACCACCACCACCGGCGGUGGCUGUCCAAGGAGGAGGAGGAUAGAAGAAGAGAUUGAUCUUUUGAACGACAUUAUUGACUUCUACAACAAAAAAGGGAGAUACCCAUAUGAUUCCAAAGAUGUGGAUGAAUUCUAUAAGAAAUGGAUUGAAAAACGAACUGGGGUUUACAGAAAUGAAAUGGAUUUGAAUAUAAAGAUCAAUGAGUUGCAUGUAAAAUUCGUGAAGAAUCUUGAGAGGAGAUGGAAUGGUGACGAUAUAAAAGAUUGGAUGAAUGCCGUUGAUGUUGAAAUUUAUCAAUUAUCAUAUAGGGUUUGGGGGAAAGAAGAUGAUGAUCAAGAAACCGAAGAUCUGAAAGCUUCAGCUGAGCAAGAAACCGAUGAUGAUGAUCAAGAAACCGAAGAUUCGAAAGAUUUGGAAGAUUCGGGUGAGCAAGAAACAGAUGACGAUCAAGAAACCGAUGAUGAUCAAGAAACCGAAGAUUCAAGUACUGAUCAAGAAACCGAUGAUGAUCAUGAUGGAAGUGGUUCUGAAGAUUCAACUGAAGAAGAAACCGAUGAUGAGACCGAUGACAGUGAAUCGAAAGAUUCAGAUGAUUCAUCGUCAAAUGAUUCGAAAGAUUCAUCAUUUGAUUCGAAAGAUUCAGAAGAUUCAUCAUUUGAUUUGAAAGAUUCAGAAGAUUCAUCGUCAAAUUAA